AUGAUAUUCUAUACUAUUUCCCUGUUAAUAUUCACCAUUGUUCAGCAGACGGAAAGCGUGAGCUUUCGUUUACCGAUAAACGUUAGAAAAUGCUUAAAAGAAGAAGUGCACAAAGAUACAAUGGUAACAGGUGAUUACGACGUAACUCAAUUAGUGGGACUGCCGACACAUUUGGACGUCAAAGAUACAAAAGGCCACAUAUUAUAUAACAAAGAAGACGCCCUUAAGGGAAAAUUUGCCUUUACAACUGAGGAAUAUGACAUAUUUGAAGUAUGUUUUGAAACAAAAGUAUCAGGCGGUCAAAAACACCAUUUAACUGCAGACCAUACGACAAAAGAAGUAACGUUAAACCUGAAACAUGGUAUUGAAACAAAAGAUUAUGAUGCAUUAGCCAAAGCCAAUAAAUUAAAACCAUUGGAAAUUGAAUUGAGUCGUCUAGAAGAUUUAUCAUCAGCUAUUGUUAGUGAUUUUGCUUAUAUGAAACAACGUGAAGAAGAAAUGCGUGACACAAAUGAAUCAACGAACAAUAAAGUUUUAUAUUUUAGUAUAUUUUCAAUGUGUUGUUUAAUGGGUCUUGCUUUAUGGCAAGUGCUAUAUUUAAGAAGAUAUUUUAAAGCGAAAAAUGAACAAAUAUUGGUCGAUCCUGAACACAAUGAUAAUGAUGGUGGUUUGAAAUUCGAAAUGUCUGAUGAUGAAGAAGCUGAUUCUGAACAAGCAUCUACAGACGGGCCAAGUCUCGUUGUUGUUUUGGGUGAAAAUAAUUUUACACAAUUUAUCGAAAGCCAUCCAGUUGUAUUAGUCGAAUUUUAUGCACCAUGGUGUCACCAUUGCAAACAACUCGAACCGAAUUAUGAAGCGGCCGCUCGUCUCAUGAAAGAUUAUAAGCAUCCCGUCCAGUUUGCUAAAGUUGAUUCAACCGUUGAAAGUACACUUGCUCAAGAACAUAGCAUUGAAGGUUAUCCAACAUUAAAAAUAUUUCAUCAUCAAAAAGCAUAUCCUUAUGAUGGACCACGAGAUUCGGGACAUUCUAUCAUGGAAUAUAUGAAACAAUAUGCCAAUCCCACUUGGACUCCUCCGCCAUCUGCUGUUGUUAUCUUAACGACUGAGAAUUUUACACAGUUUACUCAAAAUGAACCAUUGUCAUUAGUUGAAUUUCAUGCUCCAUGGUGCGGAAUGUGUAAAAAGUUAGAACCACAAUAUGAGAAAGCGGCUAGCCGGUUAAAAGAAAAAAAUAUAAAAUUAGCCAAAGUUGACGGUACACAAGAAGUACAGUUAGCCAAAGAAUAUAAUAUCACUGGAUAUCCAACAUUAUUCGUCUUUCGUCAAGGUGGAAAAAAAUCACCAUAUGAUGGAGAAAAUACAGAACAUGCCAUUGUUCAAUAUAUGCAAGAUAUGCAAUCACCUCCAAGUCAAGAAUUGAAUACCUCAAAUGAAUAUAAGAAAUUGUUUGCAUAUCAUGAUAAAGUCUAUGUGAUUGGCAUAUUUCCAGAUCAAAAUACGCCAUUGUACGAUCAAUUUAUUGAUUUUGCUAAUAUGAAUCGAAAAUCUUACAAAUUUGCGCAUACAUUUCAUUCAAUAAAUAUUCCAGCAUUGAAUGAUAUUAAAACGUUGCCAGUCAUCCUUGUACAAUAUCAUCCCGAUAUCAGAUCAAAAUAUGAAAAUGAAAAAAAUGUUUUUUCAAAGGCUAGUGCCACGAUCGAUGAUAUUCAAGAAUUUGUCAAAAAAUAUCAAGCACCACUCGUUGGUAUAUUAACAGAAGAUACCCUACAGAAAUAUAGUAAAUUACGUCCAUUAUGUGUUAUAUUCUAUGAUGUUGAUUUUUCAUUUGAACAUCGUGAACAAACACAAUAUUGGAGACAAAAAAUAUUGAAUGUUGCCAAAGAUUACAAGAAUACAAUUACGUUUGCUAUUAGUGAUGAAGAAAAAAUGAAAGCUAUGCUUAAAGAAUUUGGUUUGGAAGAUUCGAGUGAAGAUGUUAAUGUUGGUUGUCAUAAAGACGGGAUGAAAUAUCGAAUGGAUGAUGAUGAUGAAUUUACAAGUGAUUCAUUUAGAGAAUUUAUAGAAAAACUUGACAAAGGAAAAGUAAAACCAUUUAUUCGUUCACAAGCGGUACCUAAGAAAGCGGUGACAAAUGGAAUAAUGAACAUUGUUGGAUCAAAUUUUGAACAAAUUGUUAAUGAUAAAUCAAAAGACGUUGUCGUAUUCUUUUAUGCUCCAUGGUGUGGGCAUUGCAAAAAUUUCAUUUCAACAUAUUCACAAAUUGCACAGAGUUAUAAAGAUUCAAAAAAUCUUUUAUUUACACAAAUUGAUGCAACAUCUAAUGAUAUAUCAGGAGUCUAUCAAAUUAGUGGAUAUCCAACAUUAUAUUUUGUUCCAUCAAAUGAUAAAUCAAAACCAAUCAUCUAUAGUGGAGAUCGAAGUAUCGAUGAUUUUAAAAAAUUUAUUGAUAAACAUUCCAAAAAUGUUCAUCAGAACAAAUCUGAAGAACUUUGA